AAUUGUUGAUCUGAUCACAUCCGACGGACUUGCUGCAGAAGAGAAGCUGAGAUUUAAAGACGAGCGCUUUCCCGUUCGCUUUUCAGAGAGAGAGAGAAACUCUUGCACUUCUCGCUUUGGUGGGUUAUUUGCUUUUUUGCCUGGUUUUGGCUUCCGACGUGGCGGAGGAGAUGUCUUUCCCCCAGCUGGGCUACCCGCAGUAUUUAAGUGCCUCCCAGGCGGUGUACGGAGGCGACCGACCGGGAGUUCUGACUCCGUCGUCCCGCGCAGGGAGCGCUGAGAUCGGGGGUAGCGCGUCUGCGGCCGCCGCUGCGGUGUCCUCGGUGUUGGGCAUGUACCCGUACGCACACAACUACAGCGCCUUUCUGCCUUACACCAGCGCCGAUCUGGCUCUUUUCUCCCAAAUGGGCUCUCAGUAUGAUCUGAAAGACAGCCCUGGAGUCCACCCUGCCAGCUUCGCUGCCCACACGAGUCCUGCCUUCUACCCCUACGGCCAGUUCCAGUACGGAGACCCCGCCAGGCCCAAAAACGCCACCCGGGAGAGCACCAGCACCCUGAAGGCCUGGCUGAACGAGCACAGGAAAAACCCCUAUCCCACCAAAGGAGAGAAGAUCAUGCUGGCCAUCAUCACCAAGAUGACCCUCACGCAAGUGUCCACCUGGUUCGCCAACGCUAGAAGGAGACUCAAGAAGGAGAACAAGGUGACCUGGGGCGCCAGGAGCAAGGACGACGAGAACAUUUUUGGAAGCGAUAACGAAGGAGACGCCGAAAAGAACGAGGACGAAGAGGAGAUAGAUCUGGAGAGCAUAGAUAUCGAUAAAAUCGACGACAACGAUGGCGAUCAGAGCAACGAGGAGGACGAGGACAAGCGCGCGGAGCUGGAGAGCCUCCAGGAGAAGCGACACGCGUCCAAAGAGCCGUCGGAUGGCAACAACAACACCACUAGAGUACUGUCGCCCGGUCGACAGGGCGGUUUUCAAGUUCCGGUUAGCAAUAAGCCCAAAAUAUGGUCGUUGGCAGAAACAGCGACCAGUCCCGAUAGCGCGCAGAAACCUACGUCACCUUCCGUUCCCGUCAGCCACCCGGCCUUCCUGCCCAGCCACGGACUGUACACGUGCCAGAUCGGCAAGUUCCACAACUGGACGAACGGCGCGUUUCUGGGACAAAACUCUCUGCUAAAUGUGCGCUCUUUCCUGGGCGUCAACCAGCACAACCACCCGGCGCAGCAGCAGCAGCAGCAGACGGGGCCCGCGUCCCUGCAGGUGCUGUCGGCCGGGAACACGGACAAGAUGCCGGAGGACCUGAGUCCAAAACACAUAGAUCGGGAAAAUGUCCUCAGAAAUGAAUCACCAACGCAACCUUUAAAGUCGUCGUUUCGUCCUCUUCAUGACAGUCCCAGAAACCAGCAGGAAUCAACACAGAGGGUCCUCACAGCGCUGUCCUCCGCUUGAUCAACACAUUUGCACCCCCAAAAGGACUGAUGGCACUAAUAAUGGACACUGAAAGCGAAAUCAAUUCAGCGUAGCGUUGAGUCUCUCUAAAACAACCGGCCGCUGGAGUUGUACAUAAUGACACCUGUGAUCCCUCCCUUACCGUGGGACAUUGGUAGGCGUACUUUGUCUUUAUGUGUUGGUGUUUUCCUUUAAGGUGACCCACCAUUUGUAAAUAGCGAGUUGACGGAGUUUGUCCAGAUCAUAUAUUUUGUCUAAUAAACUAAAUGAAAUUAUAGA